CUCCUCACCACCAUCCUCACACACGCAAGCCAUGCUGCUCCGGCCCUCCUUCGCCACCUUGGCGCGCGGCGUGCGCCUCUCCUCCACGCUCGCGCCCGCCGCUGCGGCGCCGCUCAAGGGCGCCGCGCGUCCGGCGCUGCGCCUCGCCGCGCCGCCGAUCAAGCCGUGCACUCGCGGCGUGCGCUCCUCGCCCUUCAACCGGCCCGCUGCGACCAAUGCGGCGAGUGGCACGGGCGGCCUCGCACUCAGCCUGCCGCAUCAGGCGCCCGCGCCGGGCGCGCCGACGAGCAUCAGCCAGCCCGGCGGCUGGGCGCGCGUGCUGACGAGUCUGGGCAUCAUUGGCGGCAGUGCUUUCGCCGCCAACCUCUUCUUCAACCGCCCGACGCGCGAGGCGCCCCUCGAUGCGUACUCGGCCUCCUACCUCAACUCCACCUUCCGCUACCUCGGCGGCGGCAUUGCCCUCACGGCCGUCGCCGCCGUCGGCCUGCACCGCAGCGGCAUUUCGCGGCGCGUCAUGAUGGCGUCGCCGUGGCUCGUGCUGGGCGUCGGCCUCGUUGCCUCCAUCGGCGGCAUGAUUGGCGCGCAGGCGCUGCCGCCCGGCUCGCCGGGCAAGUACGCCUGCUGGGUGCUCUUCAACGUCGCGCAGGCCGCCGUGCUCAGCCCCAUGCUCUUCCUCAACCCCGCGGUGCUGGCACGCGCCGGCGUGUACACGGCCGGCAUUGUAGGCUCGCUCUGCUACGUCGGCGCCACGGCCAAGGAGCGGCAGUUCCUCUGGAUGGGCGGUCCGCUGCUCGCCGGCGUCGUCGUCGUGGCGCUCUCCGGGCUUGCGCCAAUGGUGCUGCCCGCCACUGCAUUCCGUGCGCUGGCCGUGACGGAGGCGCUGUCGCUCUACGGCGGCCUGGGCGUCUUCGGCGCGUUUGUGCUGUACGACAUGUCGAAGAUCCUGGAGCAUGCGCGUCUGGCGCAGAUGGGCGCCAUCCCCGCCGAUCCGCUGCGCGAGAGCAUUGGCCUCUAUCUCGACGCCAUCAACAUCUUCACGCGCCUCGUCGCCAUCCUGUCCAACGGCCAGCGGCGCAAGUAGGAGGCGGGGAGCAGGCUGGACGACGCCGCUGAUCUCAUCGGCCGCUCUGCAUGACUCGAUUCCCUGUUGCUUCUCCCCUUGCCGCCCGUGCUAGUUGUAAUAUGAUACGUCUCUCC